GCUGCUGUGAUGGUUGUCAUGCUGCUCCUCACUCUCCUGGCCCUACUGGGCUCCACCACUGCUAAAAGGCUUGCGGUGUCUGGUACGGAUCUUACAUACGGAGGAGAAAAAGUGUUUCUGAACGGUGCCAACAUCGCCUGGAACAACUACGGCUACGACUUUGGUAACGGCGCCUACGAUGGCACUCUGGAGACCUGGGUCCACGAGAUCGGUAGCUCCGGCGGCAACUCCAUCAGGGUGUGGGUCCACGUGGAAGGACAAAACACCCCUUCUUUUGACGAGAACGGCUUCGUCACCGCCUGUGACAGAACGGGUGACUUCGAGAGCGAUGUUUUGAGCUUACUGGACGCUGGAGAACAGAGCGGCGUGCUGGUCAAUCUGUGUUUGUGGAACGGCGCUGCUCUCUCUUACCAGAAAACCAUUGAUAUGUUGCAGGACGACACCAAGAUCGAAUCCUACAUACAAAACUGUCUUACACCACUGAUGGAAAAGAUCAAGGGACAUCCUGCCCUGGCAUCAGUCGAGGCCGUCAACGAACCCGAGGGAUCAGUGAAGGUGGAGAGCAACAGCGACCCAUGUUAUGACACCACCGCCAUCGGUCAACAAGGCGCCGGCUGGACUGGUGUAAACAUUCCCAUGGAGAGAUGGCUUAGGUUUAUUGGCCUUCAGAACCAGGCUGUCCGCGCUGUCGACCCUGCGACCCUCCUCACUAUUGGCUCUUGGAGUCAAUUCUCGCAGAAUGACGUCUUUCCCAGCUCUCACAACCAUUACACAGAUGCAUGUCUCAACCAAGCCGCAGGCGGCUCGGGCGCCCAACUUGACUAUUACCAGAUGCACAGCUAUGACUGGCAAGGUGCCUGGACCAAUGGCGCACCCUUCACUGUGGAUGCCUCUGACUACAAUCUUGACAAACCUAAUGUAAUUGGAGAGUUUUGCUCUGUCCGCGCGGCCGGGAUGUCACUACCAGACCUCUUGGAGUAUGCCUACACCCAUGGAUAUUCUGAGCAUGACUUGGCACUACAACGGUCAGAGAAGUUACCGACACUCGGGAGGCACAAGCAGCAGCUUGGGUCACUUGGUUACCGACUGACCAGUGUUGUUGACUUCACAGUCGAGUACUAG